AUGACAGACUUCAACCCUAUGAACUCUGUCGACAUCAACGCCAUUGAAGAAAAGAUGAAGGCCGCCGCCCUCGACCAGCACCGGGGCUAUGCCCAGAACCACUACGGCGAGGUCCAACAGUACCGCAGCACCGACUAUGUCCCCAAGUCGUCAGCUUGCGGUUACCAGGUCCUCCGCGAGCCCGCGUGGAACAAGGGCCUCUCCUUCACCCCCGAUGACCGUGUCUCCAAGAACCUUACUGGCCUCAUCCCCCACGUCAUGGAGAGCAUCCAGACGCAGAGCGCCCGCGCCAUGAAGAUGAUCAACACGCGCUCAACGCCCAUUGACAAGUACAUGUACCUCUCGACCCUCAAGGACCAGAACAUGGACCUCUUCUACCGCGUCCUCAUCGACAACAUUCGCGAGCUCAUGCCUCUUGUCUACACCCCCACCAUUGGCGACGUCUGCCUCCAGUACUCCUCCCUCUACACCCGCCCCGAGGCCCUCUAUAUCUCCAUCAAGCAGCGCAAGUCUAUCCGCACCAUGCUGAGGAAUUGGCCCUACCCCGACCCUGAAAUUUGUGUCAUUACCGACGGCUCUCGUAUUCUGGGCCUGGGUGAUCUUGGGCGUUAACGGCGUUGGCAUUUCG